ACGAGCAUAAGUGGCAAUUGAUUGGCGAUCAGUUCAAGCAAAGUGUUGAAGCUGUAUAAUAAGCGGAAGAAAUUUCUUAAAUAGUGAGCUCUUCGUAUACACUCGAAGUCGCGUGCAAAAACUAGUAUAAAAUCGCUUCCGUCGAAUAGUAACAUUUAAUCCUAAUAAUUCACGAAUGGCAGGACGAGGAGUUUGGCGCUGUUAUUCACUCUUGCUUUUGCUGGCGAAAUGUAUAAGCGGUUUUGGUAUCGAACAGUCAUUCACCAUAUAUAUGGAUGUCGGUAACGAUAUUGAAAAUGUCAUAAAAUGGAGCAACACCUGUGAAGCGAAGCAAACUAAUAUGGAAAGUAUUCUACAAAGGAAUAUUUGGGAACUGAAGGAAUCGGAAAGGAAAUUAAAUGAAAAAAUUUCAAAUUCGAAUUCAAAAAUUGCAAAUUUGGAAAAGCGAGUGGAUUCAUUCGAACAAAAAUUAAUCUUAAUGGAAAACACUUUGCAAAGCACAAUGAAGGAACUCAAAAAGAAGGAAGAGGAAUUAAAAAAUAGCAUUUCAAAAUUGAGCUCUGCAGUGGAUGCGUUAAAUUCUAGAACUGAGCACAGACCAACCAGCAAUCUAUCUACGGCAAUAAAUGUUCCAGAAAUUGGCAGACUAGCUGAACAAUCUUGUAUCAAUAGAGAACGAAACAAACCACCAAACUUUCCUAUUGGAAAUUUUCACUACAUGGCCAGUAUUGGAGUGGAAACUGCUCCACACAAUUACCGUUACCACUGUACGGGGGCAUUGAUCGAAAAGCGAUUUUUAGUUACAACAGCUCAAUGUAUAUCUAAGGUCAAGGUGAAUAUAGCACGUGUGGGUUUUGCAAGUCGUCUGGAUUCCCUGGCCAUGGAUGUGGUUGUGCGCAAGAUAAAGAAAGUUCAUUUACAUCCAAAAUUCUCGAGAUUUUCUAGAGACAACAAUUAUGUUGGUUUGGUUGAAUUGGAGAAAGAAUUGUCGUAUUCCGCACUCCUAUAUCCGAUUUGUUUAUUUACAUCUCCAACAAUACCGGUAACAAACGGUAUAGUUUAUUAUGCACAUUGGGAUGAAAAUAGGAAACUGAUAUCGGGACAAAUUCUUCGUCGAAUGGUCCCUUAUAAACGUUGUAAGACACUUGAAGACAACCACAUAUCGCCUAAUCAAAUAUGUACUAAAAUCGAUACCAGCCUGGCAACUGAUUCCGGUCCAGAAACUGAUGAAAACAGUGUAAUGGAUAUCCGCAUCGCUUCUAAUGGACCCCUAGUUCUAUUAGCAUAUGAUAUGAAUGAAAAGCAUCAUAGACUAAUUGCUGUAGAUUCGGAGAGUGAGCAACUCAACUCUUCUUAUACUUCCCACCAUAUUACAAGUGUCUAUGAUAACUUGGAUUUCAUUGAGAAUAUUGUUUGGAAGGGUGAAUGAAAAUAUAUUUUAUUUUGUAUAUAUUGAAAACUUAUAUACAUGCAUAUACAUGUAUAUAUGUAUAUAUUAUACUUAUAUAAAAUGUAGCAUUAAACGCUAAUCGAAUGUUUUAUUGCAUUUAAA